GAUAUAUCGGGACCGGGACCCAGCUCAAAACCACCAAACGAACCUUUCUCCUUCAAGUCCACUACUAAGCAAAUGGCCUCCACUUGCCGCCGGCAAUGAGGCCUAAACUCCGCCUCGGCGUUUUCGUCUUUCUUGAUACACUCUCCUUCUCUUUUCCCUUCCCCCGCCUCUUCUUCCCUUCUCCCUUUCCUCUCUCAGGACCUCACCUUCUAUUCAUUUCUUACUCCAUCUUCCAGUAUGAGUGACGAUUCCGGCGUCCAAUUUGUCGCCUCUAGGCCUCGGAAGCGACCGCACCAAGAGAUGUCCCGAGCUUCACAACCAGACUACUCCGGUGGAGAGCCCUCAUCCUCCGCAACCCUUGUUCCCUCGUCGUCGCCACCGCGCUGGCGGUAUCCCGGAGAUGGGUUUGACUUCCGUCGACCCAUCACAUCAACAUCCCCUAACACAGACGAGGUUAUUGAUCUGACGCUAGAUUCGGAUCCUUCCGAACUGGAGGUAGUACAAAAUGAUCGGGUUGCUCGCCAGGAUCAAACUACACAAACACUGCAAGAAAGGGAGCCCGAAGUGGUGGAUUUGGAAGAAGAAUACGAGGACUUAACUCGAGAUGAACCUCCUAGCAGUCCGGAAGUACAAUUUAUUGGUGCCACCGCUCGGCCUCCACGACCGCCUCCAUCUCCGACGUAUUUGAAUUUGGGCUUCCCACCCCGGUUCUUACUCAACAUACAUCCCUUGCUCGCCGCGCAACGAGGAUACCUGCGGCAAGAUGUGGACUUAUCAAUCAUUGGACAUCAGCCCGCGGGACCUAUUGACUUGACCGUGAACCUCGACCCGCAAAGACCCGAAAGACCCGAAAGACCUCCACCAAAUGCGUACAAGCCUCCCAGUCCACCACCCGACGGGUUUACACGGACUCUCGAAGAGGAGGACGUUGUGGUCUGCCCAAACUGUGACGGGGAGCUGGGCAUUGGCGACGACAUCAGGCAGCAAAUAUGGGUAGCCAAGCAAUGUGGACAUGUAUAUUGCGGCCUUUGUGCUCACCACCGCUCCAAGUCCAAGUCCAAAAAGUCGUCCCCUACGAAGCCGUUCUCCACAUGUCAGGUCCCGGGGUGUGGCAAAUCUGUCAGCGCGAGGGGAACUCUGUUUCAAAUCUACCUAUAAACUCCUCCAUAUUUCUUCAUUUGUGGUUUGGGAGUUAUUGGAGCUGGUUUUCAAAGGUUGCAUAACGCCGGCGUCAACGGCCGGGCUUCUUUCAAAUUUGCAUGACUAUAGUACAGCAGGAUACCCAUUGUUUUUUGUCUCUUGGUUUGGUCGGGUAUAGCAUUUUCUUUGUCGAUAUGGGUCUUAGCAUGACGGUCUGGGUAUACAAUUUGCAUUGGCCUUGCAUUUACACAUGAAUAAUA